AUAUGUGUGUGUAGUCAUUUUAUUAUUUUAUAUAAUAUUUUAUUUUGUGUGGUGGUCAUUUUGUAUUGCACAUUGGUUUGAUCACUUCUUUGUUGUUUGCUUGAUUUUGCAGCUGGUAUUUAGAGGCUUACUGCCUCCAUUACUUGAGGUAACAUGUACUCAUCAUGGUUAGUAGCCACUGACAGCUUUUCCUCCAUGAAUUUAUCUAAUCUCAUCCGAAUUUGUGACCUUUGCCACAUCUUGUGGCAGCCAGUUCUAUAAGUCUUGUGUGGAGAGGUAUUAGCUGUUUGGCAUACUGUCACUGAGUUUCAGCAGUGAAUAGAGUGUUGAAGGCGGUUCUAGGAGACAAGAAUAUUUGUGAUUGUCAUAGACCUUGACCAUUGAGAAGUGUACAAACUCACUUUUGCAGUAAACGCCAUAAGAAUCUACUCAGAAAUGGAAUCUUCAGCAAACCUGGAUGUUGAUGCCCAGUUGAUUGUAGAAGACUGUGCAGGCAGCUAUAGUCUGUCUCACAUGCCAGAUAUUAAAGUGGAGCACCACCUUGAUUCCAGUGUUGAGGAAGGACCAGCUCAGAGUGUUGCCAUGGGAAUGAAGUUUAUUUUGCCCAAUAGGUUUGAUAUGAAUGUGUGUUCUCGGUUUGUUAAAUCCUUGAAUGAAGAAGACAGCAAAAACAUUCAGGAUCAAGUGAACUCUGACCUUGAAGUGGCAUCUGUUUUAUUUAAAGCUGAGUGCAAUAUCCAUGCUUCCCCAUCUCCUGGGAUUCAAGUAAGACACGUUUACACUCCAUCAACUACUAAACAUUUUUCACCUAUAAAACAAUCAACCACUUUAACUAACAAGCACAGAGGAAAUGAAGUUUCUACAACACCUUUACUUGUAAACUCUUUGUCUGUUCACCAGUUGGCAGCUCAGGGGGAAAUGUUGUAUCUGGCUACACGAAUAGAACAAGAAAAUGUAAUCAACCAUACAGAUGAAGAAGGCUUUACCCCUUUGAUGUGGGCUGCAGCUCAUGGGCAGAUAGCAGUGGUAGAAUUUCUACUUCAAAACGGUGCAGACCCACAGAUCUUGGGGAAAGGGCGAGAGAGUGCAUUGUCUUUGGCCUGCAGUAAAGGCUACACAGACAUCAUCAAGAUGCUGCUGGAUUGUGGUGUUGAUGUGAAUGAGUAUGACUGGAAUGGUGGUACACCCUUGCUUUAUGCCGUACAUGGAAACCAUGUGAAAUGUGUCAAAAUACUGUUAGAGCAUGGUGCAGAUCCAACUAUAGAGACAGAUUCUGGGUAUAAUUCUAUGGAUCUGGCUGUAGCCCUAGGCCAUCGUUGUGUUCAACAGGUUAUUGAGUCGCAUUUAUUAACGCUUCUUCAAAAUAUCAAGGAAUGAUGAUGUCGUAGUUAUGGAAAACAUUGUAUGUAAAGGUUUGGACUUUGUUUUAGUCAGGGCUUUUUUUGUCAUAGAAUGCACCAGAACAGCGUUCUGGCACCUUUUUUCCAAUGGAUUUUACGAAGUGAUUUUGAAUAGCGGAUUAGCAAGCAAACAUCAUUAACGUAGUGCCUGCAGGCUGCUUUUGUGUCCGCUAUCUGCUAGUGAGAUAGGGCGCUGCUCUUGGAUUUGGAAUUGGUGUGUAUGGUCGCGUGCUUACUGCCGGCAACAUGAGUUCCGACAUUUUUUUUUUUUUUACAAAAAAAGCACUGGUUUUAUUGCUGAUCAACGUCAUAGAGACUCUUUUUAUGUUGAUAGUACACUCUCAUUUGGAGUGAAUGUUGCCUAUUUAUGAGUAAUACUGCAUCCCUAGUUUGCUACCCAAGUCUGAGAGUUUGGCAUUUUCCUGCCAAUGAGCAUUUGUUUAACAAGUACUAGUUGCACAGACAGGAAUGACAGGAGAGUACUUGUCUGGACUGGGAUCUGUCAGUUGCCUAAUCAAGACUUUCUUCUUUUGCUAUUGUGUUGGUUUAUCAUCCUGUUAGAACUUGGUAUCCAAAAUGGCUUAGUAGGAACUCUUACAGUACAUAAGAAACUCUUAUCCAAGAAGGUAGGUGCCAAAUAUCCAACAUCUUGUAUCGCUUUGAAGAUGGUAUUUAGCAAAGUAUUCUGUGGCGUAUGCUCACUUUACAUUCUAAAUUCUUUUGUAGGAUUUUUACAGCAUUUCACUUUACGUAUUUGGCUUCUGUCUGCAGAUGUUUGUAAAACCAGGCUAUCCUAUUUGUAAAUAUUUCAUGUAACAUUAUGUUGUAUAUUUAAAAAAGGAAUUAUGGAGUACUUCACGUUGUAUAAAUAUAGUAGCUCAUUAUGUCUGCUGUAUUAUGAAGCUGUAUCCACUUAGGGUGCAGUCUUAUUAAGAGGCUUGUAAGCCCUGAAACUUGGGGGUUUACAAGCAUCUUGCACUGGGUGGGAAAAGUGGUGGUUGUGAUCUUCACUUUCCUAUCCUCUAGUCCCAAUUUGCUUGGCAGACUCUUCAUCACUGCUUCCUGCAUGUUUCAGGAAUAGGAAAGAAGUAGACUCAAUAGUCUCCUUCCCCCUAACUCAAAUGCUUUCUUUUCUUCCUCUCAAAGAUCAAUUUCCAAUCCUUGGAGAUUAGGUGGAGCCGCUUUUUCUUCACAGUUCUGAGAAGGGGGAUUUGGAGCUCUAGUUUCAUCUUCUGAGGGUGGAGUACUGUAUCUGACCUCAGAUCUGGGAAUCUGAACUAUCGCCCCUCAGAUGUUAUCUAAGGACCAUAGGAUUGCUCCUUUGCAUGUUUUUAUGUGAAUAGCAAAAUAGAACCUUCAGAAUGUAUUAAAAGCAUAUCUGACAACACUUGGAACACUGCGUUGAUACAAAUACUACUGAAAUUCUAGGGGAAAACACUGCAAGAUUCUCCUUUAUCUGAUUAUUGUGCUUCACAUAAAAUUAAUAGCUAAUACUGAGUUACCUUAGCCUGUUCUUAUGGGGGUGGUAUGGGACAGUUUCCUUCUAAUUAUACUGAUAAAUAUGACUUUUAAGUAAGCCUAUCAAUGUUACUUACAGGAAUGUUAGAAAAAUCUGCAAUUAAAUUAUUUUGGAUUUCUGUGAACCUACCCUAAGGAUUCAGCAGGAGACUGGCAGUUCCUCACAAAUUCUGCAGACUCUUUCAAAAAUUGGUGCUGGGGCAGAGGGAAUUUGUACAAAUUCACACUUGUCCAAAAAUGAUUGUCAGUGAGUUGAUGACAGAACAAAGGUUGCCUGAUGGUCUAUGAAAGACAGAACGGCUUUAACAAAAUUCACACAUUCCUGUGAAGUUGUCUGCUCAUAUACAGAGAGCUCAGUGCCUGCAUUAUAAUACAGCUAGCACUGAAAAAUAGUACAGCUGUAUUUGUUCAAAACCUUUAGAUCAAGUCAUUUGAAAACUGGAAGCAAAUACCUCCAGCUGAUUUUUCUUUCAGAGCUACACAGAGUGGGGAACUGUUACAUACUCCAAAACACAAAAAUUGACUGUAUACUCUUUGUGGAAAACCCAUUUACAGAUGUAUAGCUCAUCAAAAAAUAGACCAAUUCAUUUCAGUAA